AUGUACCCGACGUCGCGUGUCGGAUGUUUCGAUGGAGGUCUCCAGGGAGAGAUCCGACUCCCUGCACGCUUCAUGGCGCGCAGCAAGACGGAAUAUGGUGUUGCUAGAAUACCUUCAGAAGACCACCACUCCGCUCUGUCACGCCAACAAUACUCCGCGCCCGUACGGGGCUUCCUCUGCCAUGAGGACGCCACGUCUCCCCCGCGCGCCUCUCUCCCUGGCGGCCGUUGGGGCAUCCUGGGUCCGGCGGCGAGGAUAUUAAAGGAGAGUGCCGACCUGGUCAAUAAUACCCUCCUGACGCUGCGGGACGGCCUGAGCGAGGAGGAGAGGACCGUGAGGGCGAGGAAGGAGGAGAGGCGCCAGAUUCUCAGUCUCCGGAUGAAGAACGCCGAGACGGUGGACCAGUGGAAGGCCGCCGCCGCGGAGCUGGACGUGCUGGAGGGCAACGAGGCGUGGAAGGCGGACACCACCUCCUGCGAGUUCGACGCGGAGCUGAUUGCGAGUCGGCUGAGGCAGCUGGAUGAGGCGCGGAUCAACUGCGAUGUCAAGGCCAUGCUACACCUCGUGCGGACCGCCCUGGCCCGGGACCUGGGCGGGAUGGGGGAUAUGCGGCUCUACAAACAUACGCAUGUGGGUACGAAGGAUCUGAUUGAGCGAUACAUCGAUUCGACGCUCGACACCAUCCGGUCUCUGGUUGACAAGAGCAAGAUCUGUCUUCCGGAUGGGCUCGAGACGAAGGAUAUACUGGAGCAGGUGGUCUAUGCCAGGCAGGCAUUCGGCCGGAGUGCCCUGUUGCUCAGUGGAGGUGCCACGUUUGGGAUGAACCACGUCGGGGUGUUGAAGGCCCUGUUCGAAGCCAAGCUCUUGCCCCGGAUCAUAUCAGGGGCAUCGGCGGGUAGUAUCGUCUGCGCCGUCCUCUGCACCCGAACCGAUGAGGAGAUCCCGGAGGUAUUGAAGGCCUUCCCGUACGGGGACUUGGCCGUCUUUGAGGAAGACGGGAAGGAAGACGGCAUCCUGGAACGGGUGAGGCGCUUGUUGACCCAGGGAGCGUGGAUCGAUAUCAAGCACCUGACGAGAGUGAUGCGGGACAUGUUGGGCGACAUGACCUUUCAGGAAGCAUACAACAGGACCCGGCGAAUCCUCAACAUCUGUGUGUCGUCUGCGUCGCUGUACGAACUCCCCAGGCUCCUCAACUACGUCACGUCUCCGAAUGUCAUGAUCUGGUCGGCAGUUGCAGCAUCGUGCUCGGUGCCGGUUCUAUUCUCCGCCGCCCAUCUGCUCGUCAAGAACCCUGUGACGGGCGAAAACAUUCCCUGGAACCCCACUCCCCAGAAAUGGAUCGAUGGAAGUGUGGACAACGAUUUGCCCAUGACGCGGCUGGCGGAAAUGUUCAACGUCAACCACUUUAUCGUUUCUCAAGUCAACCCCCACGUUGUUCCGUUUCUCGUCAAGGACGAUGCAGCUAUCACGAAAGACGCAAACUCAGACGGCAGCGCUGGUCCGGGCUGGGUCUAUACCAUGACCAACCUGGCCAAGGACGAAGCCCUUCAUCGGAUGCACGUGCUGGCAGAACUCGGCAUUUUCCCCAAUCUUGUCACCAAAGCGAGGUCGGUCUUGAGCCAGAAGUACUCGGGUGACAUAACCAUUCUGCCCGAGAUCGAAUACAAGGAUUUCCCGCGGAUGCUGAAGAACCCCACGGCCGAGUUUAUGGUUCAGGCGUGCCUCUCGGGCCAGCGGGCAACUUGGCCCAAGCUUAGCAGGAUACGGAAUCGCUGUGCCGUCGAGCUGGAAUUAGAUGCUGCGGUACAGCAGCUAAGAACAAGGGUCGUGUUCAGCCCGAGUCAGGUCGACUUGAGACGCAUGACCGCAGGAAGUUUCCGCAGCCCGACGAAGAGGGUUGGGCGAAGGAGGAGAGAGAGUGGCGACGGAAUCCAUGCUCUCCAGCCUGCCAGGGAUCCUCUGGAGAAAUAUGAUGAACCCAAGGCGAGGAAGAGUAAUUCGCGCUCACCAAUGCGAACUGCAUCUACGCACCGGGGUGUCCGGCGAAGAUAUCUACCACCCACGGCUACGACCGCUCCGCGAACAACGCACGGCACACCCAUGCCCACGCCUCGACUGGGCGACUCCCUGUUCCCUCCCAUCAAUACCAAAUUCGAGUUCGGCGCUCCGUUCCUCGAUAUUUCGUCAGCAGGCGAAACCACGCUCUCUCCCCACAGCUCCGACGCGGACAUUGAUUCACACACCGAUGAAAGUAGUCCUGAGCCCGACCCAGGGGAUCAUACCAUGCCCGGUUCCGGUCUUUACUACGGUAGCCCGGAUGUUAGCAGCGGAUCCGCGCAAAUCGAUUUCUUCUCUGCCAGUCAGCCUGUCACCGCCAAAUCCGACCACGUCCUCGCCACUUCCCCUCUGACACCGCGACGAAAUGCAGCGCUUGCCAUCUCGCCGAUGCCGAUCUUCAGGAGUGGGGACCUGAAGAGCAAAACCGAGCCUAGCAGUCCGGAGGCGAGAUAUAAACGGAUAUUCUAUCCUGCGCAACUAUGA